GGUAUAUCUGGCGCACCGUGCGCCUCUGUCUCUUUGUUUUCCCUCUUUCCUUUGUUGGUCCGCACGUUCCUUUGAUCUCGACGAUAUAUCAAAAAGUCUGUGACUUUCGUUUCGCUCCCUUUCUUGACUACACUCCUUUCACGGUCAAGCCCACACUCAUUGCCAUCCCCGGAGGAUAUCACGUUCUUUUACACAAACAACAAGACACUCUUUCGAAACAAAACGUACACAGUCUUUCAAGUCACUUUUAUACCAUCAAAAUGAUCUCCGUCAAGACUCUUUCCGUCUUGGCCGCUGUUGCCGGUAUCGCUGUCGCGAUUCCCACCCCUGCCGAGAACGGUGCCGGCGUUGAGAAGAGAUGGAAUGGCCAUUGGAGCAAGGGCUGGGAAUCCUGGUCAUCAGGCGAGGAGGCGGCCACCGUCACCGCCACCGCUGUCGCUGUUGUCACCACGUGGGUUGAAGCGGCGAGUCCUACGGCCACCGUUUAUACUGAGGCCGCCGAAACCACCUCAACCGCCGCCGCUUGGUCUGCCACCACCACCAGCACUGCCGCCACCAGCACUAGCACCAGCAGCAGCACUGACUCUAUCAGCUCUGACGUCUCUGAAUCCGACUACAUCUCCGUCGUUUCCAAGUGGCGCACCGCAGCUGGCCUUCCUGACCUCACCCAGGACAGCACCCUCGAGGCCAACGCCCUCAAGACCAGCACCAACAGCGUUGGUGGCUUGAUCCACGAAUUGAACCCCGGCACCAUGGCCCAGGUUCUGGCUCCUGGCACCAGCACCGACUUCGAGGAAGUCUACGUUGGAGGAUGGCUCUGCGAGAUUCCCACCGAUGCUGGCCUGGAUGGCAUCUGCGCCACUGCCUCCGAUGGCUGGGACUACGAUGGCCAGACCGGUCACGCAACCAUUCUGACCUCAACCUCUUACACCAAGAUCGGUUGCGCUAUCUCAUCUGGCACCAGUGUCUGGGCCUGCGAUCUUGCGUAAACCGCAAAAUCGUGUCUCGGGACCCGCUACUUCUCUCAUCUACGCAUUUAUUGGUGAAUGUUAGUUGGAAAAGACGAUGCGCUGCAUGAGCGUGCAUCGGUUUUAUGCAUGUGCGACAUAUUUAUGUCGAUUUCUGGAUCAAUCUUAUGACCUGUGAUUCCUGUAUAAGACAAGAUUUCAAUCAUAGCUCUUUUUUAUUCUUCUCUGUGAAAUUAUCUUUCCCUAUGCUCUUGUCCUGAUCGACUGCAGCGUUGCUGGCUGUGUAGCAUAAUUUCAUCAUCAAGUCUCAAGGCACUGUCGGCGAUUGACACGCAUCCUGCUUGUCCAACGCUUAGCAUAUAAUUCCUGACAGUAUGAACUUAUUAUACCAUCUCCAA